AUGUGGUCGUCGCGAUUGCCUACGCAUGUGCAAGCAUUAAUAUCUAUACGGGAAAACAGUGACAUAGAUUUGAAUGCGAAAGCCGCCGACAGAAUUAUGGAAUUAGAGACAGCAUCGGGUGCAACAACAAUGGCGAUUGCAAGCACAUCAGCGCACGACGAUUUUUACGGCAACCUCGCGUCAGAAUUGCGGAACAUGCGAGCCGAGAUUUCUGACUUGAGAAAGCAGGUACAGGAUCGACGAGACGGUUCAUCCCUUCGCCGUAGGCGCAGAUCGCGUACGCCCGCAAGUACUCGGUCAGGUUCGGAAGAGCGCGUACGAACGCUUUGCGAAUAUCAUCGACGGUUCGGUCGGAAUGCAAUGAGAUGUCGAUCGCCGUGCGACAUGCGUUCGGAAAACUCCGUGGGCCAUCGUUAUUAG